UCAAGAUGCUUGGAAAAUCAAGUGUGUCCAGGAAGACUCAACAGGGAAAGAGAAAUCCAAAAAGAAAACUUGAUGAUGAGGAAACAAAGCUGCCGGAGAAAGAGGUUAAAAAAGCAGUGAAAAGCAAAAAUCACACAGAGCACCUGUCUCCUGGAGGGCAAGCAAAUCUAAAACGGGUAAAAAUAAGUGUCAACAAGAGACGAACUUGGCAGCCUCUUUCAAGUAACACCAGGGAGCAUUUGCAGACUGUGAUGGAAUCAGUAAUAAUAGCAAUUUUGAGUAAAAGCAUUAAAGACAAAGAGCAAAUCCAAUAUCAUCUCAACUUUCUGAAGAAAAGGUUGCUACACCUGUAUGAAACUCUCAAAGCCCCUUCCAAAAAGCUGAAAGAUCUCACCAAUGUGCCGGAUCUGUUGAGAAUGGAAAGAGCACGGGAAAAAGUGAAUGAGGAAGGUCUGACAUCACUACAGGAAGAAAUAGAUAAAAUAGUAGAGAAUGCAGAGGUGAUGACGGGAAAUAUUCAGAGCCUCAAGAAAAAAAUUCAGAUUCUGGCAAAUGAAGUGGAAGAAGAGGAGCAGAAGAUGCUUCAAAUGGGUGCUAGUGGGGUACUCUCGCUUCCACAACUUCCUCAGGACAGCCUUAAAGCACCUACACUUCAGAAAGAAAUUCUGACAUUAAUUCCAAACCAGGAUGCUCUCUUGAAGGAUUUGCAUGUUCUUCAUCAUUCAUCCCAGGUGAAGAACAUGCUAACAUUCAUCGAAGAAGCCUAUAAGAAACUAGAUGCCUCUUAAAAAGAACUUUUUAGUAUGGUUCUGUAUUUUAGGUUUUUAUAUUUGAAGUUAGCAUAUGAUCAUAUUACAGGGAUAAAAUUUAAUAUCUACUAAUAUGCACUUUAAAAUUAUCCUCCGGGAACAAGUGUUUGUCUUAGUGAUAAAGACGGUU